GCAUCGGGCCUCCUCUUGCCAGCAAGCAAGCAAGCAAGACCAAGCGGCUCCUUAGUCGUCGGCAUUCGCUCAUCAUUUGGCUCAUAACGGUCUCCUCUUCAUCAUCGGCCGCCCCACUUCUUUGAUUGCACAGCGGCGUCGAUUACCAUCAUCUUCCUCCUUCCUCUCACUUCUCCUCCAUCGUCAUACACAAACGCGCAAUGGCUACCGCAAUCGGAUCCACCCUCGGCGCUGUCAAGCAGACCUUCUGGGAAGUUUGGGGCGAGCCCGCUCUCACUGCCACUGGUCUGUACGAGCCUCAAGAUCGCACUUACGGACGAUAUGCUAUCCCUUUCUCACCCAUGGAGCAGCGACUACACGCCAACGCCGACGUCACCGUGUGGUUUGGCAAGGCCAUGAUGCCCAAUGGCAAGGACUUCACAUGGUACCAAGUUUGGGAAGACCACGCUGCUCAGAAGCGCACUGGUCGUAAGGCAGAUAUCCUUUUCGUUCACGGAACCGGUGUCCAUGGCGGAACCCUCGCAUCGCACUCUCGCCGCUACCUCGACGCUGGAUUCCGUGUCAUUGUCCCCGAUCUUCCCUCUCACGGCUACUCGACGGGCGUUCACGUCUUCCAGCACGAGAUCCGUGGCUACACCUCUGGCCUCCAUGCCGUGCUUCACGACAUUGGUGCUCGCGAUGACAACCUCUACAACAAUGGCGAGCUUCUCCUCAAGGGCCAGCGCCGUGACUGCUUCCUCUUGGGUCUGUCCUUUGGUGGCCUCGUCGCUCUCUCCUACGCCCUUCACUACCCAACGUCGCUGCGCUCCGCUGAGGCAGAUGACUGGGAGAUGCCCGUAGACGGCAUCGUCGCUGUAGGCCCCAUGAUCGGCUACUCGGUCCAGAACUGCUCCAUCUCACCGACGGCUGAGAAGCUCAUCUCGAUGGCCAACCAUUACCUGCACCUCUCGCGCCUAGAGCUCGUUGUCCCCCACAAGAAGUGCCUCGACAAGGACCCGAAGGUCUACAAGACGCUCGUCACCGAGGACAAGCGCUCUCACCAGGGCGCCUUCCGCAUCGGUCACCUCGCCGCUCUCCACUACGGCAUGAUUGAGCUGCGCAAACGCGCGCACGAGAUCGUCCACCCCAUCUUCGUCCAGCAAGGUGGCCAGGACCGAGUCGUCGACUUCAACUACUGCGUCGACUUUGUGCGCGACAUCAACUCAACGGACAAGCGUUGCGUCGUCUACCCGGUCUGCCAACACGUCAUCUACCGCAAGGCAAAGACAGAGGAGGAGGACCAAGCUGGGCGUGUAGCCUGCAUCGAGGACAACGUCGAGUGGAUGUGCGAGCGAUCCCGCGUGCCUACGAUGCACCGCCAGCUCUCCGCCAUCUCGAUGCAAUCAGACGUCACCAUGUACGACGAGGGCGUCCCGAUCCACCCGCUUGCCAUGGGAGAGGACGGCUUCAACAAGCGCAACCCUCUCUCAUCGGCCCUCCUGACGCCUAUCCAGCCCUCAACGCCCAGCUUCCCGCAGACCAGCGAGGCCUUCUUCGAUCCGUCGAAGCCCAUCCCCACCUACGCAGAGUCAGAAAGCGGAGACAGCGACGACAGCAACGAGGAGGACAACGCUCACCCGCUCCUCGCCAAGGCUCAUCCAACUACCCUGCCCUUACUGGCUAAGAUCGCUGCGGAGCGAGCGUACAGGGCAAACUGGAGCUUGCACGAGCAGCUCAGGCCGUACGACAUCUCGUGCGAGCACAAGAAGAAGUAAAGGGAGCAAGUGAGCGCAAUACCAAGUAGCAGCACCUCGCAGUCCAUUCACCUUCACGCUCGACAAAGUCUCUCGCACGCAAGCGCACACAUCCGUCCCCUCGUACUCGACAAGCUGUCCUCAACCUUAAU